AAGCCAACAUUACCCUUAAAGCGCCUGCGCAGUAUCUAUUGUUUAUCGUCUGCACCUCAACCCUAUUCAUCUCUCUCAGAACAAUCUACAAUCGCCAUGCACUUUUUCAAGAGUGCUGUUUUCGGUGCUGUUGCACUUGCAAGCCUUGUCCUCGCUCAAGCCCCACGUUUGUCGUUCACCAGAACACCUACCGAAAUCACUGCAGGCCAGCCGGUCACAAUCCAGUACACUGCCCAGGAUCUCAGUCAGCCCGCAACAAUCGUACUCAGAAAGGGCGACCCUUCUAAUCUGUUGGAUGUUUCGACUCUGACCAACAACGCUCUAAAUGGUAGCUACACCUGGAUCCCUGCAAGAUCUCUCCAGAACGCCAGCGACUACGCUCUUCAGAUCGCCCAAGGCUACCAGAUCAACUACUCGGGAUUAUUCACCAUCACCGGAGGUAACGCCGCCGCAGUGUCCUCGGCAGGUUCUGCAAGCUCUUCAUCUCAGGCCGCUGCAUCGUCCUUGACUGCCUCUGCUGUGUCAAGCAUCGAGUCUGUCAUCGCGAGCUACAACUCGUCCUUGACCAACCUGACUGCAGUCGUGUCUAUCCAGACCUCGCCUCCUACUCCCCCAGCCAAUACCACAGCAGUCAUUGUCGCACCUAGCGUUGGAACUGGCUCGCCUGUCAUUCGUAACACGACUAUUGUCUCGCCCACCUUGACCUCUUCAUUAAGCGGAUCAAGAAGCACCGUGACUUCCGUCGUGACUUCUAGCGCAGGGACAUCAGGUCGUGCCUCGUCAACUUCGGCUGCAGCAAGCGCUUCAAGCACCGGCGCCGCAGCAACUCUGGCUCAAGCAAGCACUCCUGUUCUUGCGCUCUUUGGAGUGGCUGCCGUCUUCUUCUUCCAGUAGACACAUACAAAUCUCAUCGCCAAUCAUGGAAACGAUGACAGGGAAUGGGGACCACGGAAACACCUUACGUACAAGUGUCUAAUGCCUACAUGCUUUGAGAGCAUAUUUACCACAUUCAACUUGCCUCACUGAUCCCCAACGAACAUUCAGUAAGUUCUGGACCUGACGUAGUUACUAGAUCGACAUAUGAUCCGGCCUUCGAGGGCGCAGGCUAUCCUUAUGAAGCAACCGGUCAAACCCCAUCACUCGACCUUCCAAGCCAUCGACGUCGAAGGAUUCAUCACCUCCUGCUUCAUGCGCAGCAGCAACACGUGAACAAUGUCCUUCCCGCGGGCAGCGCGAACGUGCGGGAUAUAAGAUUGCCCACACUCUAUUUAUGCUCCUGUUCCUGCAGCAGCCGGGCCGAAGGUCUGUGCAGCUGCUAUCCUCUCGCCCAGAUCGUUUGCGCCUGCACCCAUGAAUCAGUGACCUUUUCCCUUCUGCCUUAGCCGAUGCAC